UACUUGGUUACAGAAUAAUUUGAUUUGUGUUAAGUAGAUGUUGACCUCCUUGGCAUGACCUUCAUGAUCUUUAGGAUAAAGUUUAGGUUAUCACGCCACAUAUUCUUAUGAAUUAUAGUUUUGUCUCAAUUAUUUUAUACGAUAUAGAACAAUAUUUAUUCAAUAAUAUUGAUGUCAAAGCAGUAUCAGUGAGAGAACUAUCGAUUACAAAAAAUGAUGCAAUAUAUAUGCAAUAUUUGGAAGUUAUGUUUUCUACUUGGCUGUAUGUAUCCAAUAACAGUAGCUGUAGAGUCUAAUACAUGUUCCGUAAAAACCAUCAGCACCCUCACUUAUAUCAAUUGCGUGGACAUCAGAUUAACAGGAGAACUUCCUUUAUCAUCUAAAGUACCAGAUACAAGUACUGUAGUCUCUCUACAGUUAGCUAAUUCCAGUGGAAAGAUUGACGAAACUUCCUUUACUAAUAUAAAUCACAUACAAACAAUAGAUAUAGAACAUUGCGCUUUAUCCAAAUUUGUACUCCCAAUUUUACCAGAAUUAAAAGUUUUGGAUAUAAGCGACUCGUUUAUUCCUAGUUUCGAUAGAAAUUCGUUAAAAAAUUGUAAAAACUUAGAUCGUAUUUAUUUGAAGAAAAACCGAAUGGAAAUAUCGAAUGGAGCGUUCCAAGAUUUGAUUCAUCUCACAAUUUUGGACAUAGAACAGCAAAACGUUACACUGAAUGAACAGUUUCUUAAAGGAUUAAAGAAUUUAACGUUACUCAGUAUUACAGAUUCAACAAUUACAACAAUUUCGAAGGAUAUCUUUAAAGAUGUACCAGAAUUGGCCGAUUUGAAUUUAAGUCGCAACCCAUUAGAAAAAAUAGAAAUUGGUGCGCUGGAUCCAUUGAAGAAGUUAACUCAACUCAAUAUUUUGGAUACUGACCUAAACAAGUUAGACGCAGAAAUUUUCAAAGGAAACAGCAUUCUCGAAUCACUUAGAGCAUCUGCGAAAGCGAUUAAAAAUUUCGAUCUGCGGAAAUUUAUGAAAAACUCACCUGGAUUCUACAUUUUUGAUUUUAGUUUGACAGAUUGUGGAAAUUCCGCUAUACAUGAUUUGCAGUCUAAAAUAAAAGAUGAUGAAUUCGUUUAUGUAUAUUUCGAUGGUAUUGAACGACCAGAUCGUUGUUAAUUUUUUUUACACAUGAAUAAACAAAAUAUAUUCUGA